GAUAAUUGAAAGUCUGAAGCUGUACACGCUUUCGCAAUGGAGUUUAAUAUCUACAAAGCUAUUUUCGGCAUUUGCUUCCUCUACCUCUCAGCAGUUCAAGCUCAGCAAGCCGCAGAUUUUGGUUCGGUCUGGGUCGUACCUGAUGGCACUCAGUCAGAUCUUUCACAAACAUUCAGACAAGGUAUUACUCUCCAGGUUACUUGGCUUGGGGCGCCAGUCGACUAUCAAUUUGAUACCUUGACGAAUUUGUGGGUCACAUCUUGGGAGUAUGAGAAGACUGCAUACAGCCAGUUACUUGAAGGAAAUAUCAACUCCAACAAUAGCGGUACUCAUGACUGGACAAUCGAUAUUCCAAAAAGUGUUUUAGGCAAGACCGCAAAAUUUGUUCUUCGAUUUAAAGACCUUAAUCCUGCAUUCAAUCCCGACUCUCGUGAUGUGUCAAGUCCAGGAUUCUUGAUUAUCGCUGGAGAUUCUUCUUCGUCCAUUAUAAUUUCUACUUCAACUUCGACAACUUCUUCAUCGUCUUCCACAAUCACGUCUUCUCCGACACUUUCUAGUUCCGCGGCAUCGUCAACUCAGGCAUCUAUUUCUGCAACUGGAGCUAUUAGCAAUUCAACAGCAGCUGAUACAAUCUACAGGGAUAAAUACUCUAAGCUGAGCAGUGGAAUGGUAGCAGGUAUUGCUGUUGCAUCUGUGGUUGCACUUUGCGCAGUCGUUGGGUUGGCAUACUUUCUGUACAAACGAAGGAAAAAUAAGAGAGAUACUGCAGCAGGGUCUUUGACGAGUCCUCCAACGUAUUAUGAAACGCCCAAGCAGCAAUCGGCAGUAAUUCCUGAGAAACCAGUCGAGCUUGGUGAUGAAAGACAAGCGGUAGAGUUACAGGGUUAGUUUAGGUCGUGAAAAUAAAGGCAUGGGCAGUUUCAGUGAUAUACAGAAUGGCUAUUCAACUAAGAUCAUAUUUUCAAGUUAUCAAUAGAGAAUUUAUGGCGUUAUGUCAAGCCAAUAUUGUGGAAGCGCUGAAUUGCUUCGUGUAUCUCAUCGUUGCAUCAACAACUUUAUGGUGGUGUUGAAUCAAGAGAUUUUGAGCUAAAAAAACAGGUUCCAAAAUUUCA